AUGUCCCUUACAUUGGGGGUCAGUGGGAAGAAUGUCCCUUACAUUGGUGUUCAGUGGGAAGAAUGUCCCUUACAUUCGUGGUCAGUGUGAAGAAUGUCCCUUACAUUGGUGAUCAGUGGGAAGAAUGUCCCUUACAUUGGUGGUCAGUGAGAAGAAUGUCCCUUACAUUGGUGGUCAGUGGGAAGAAUGUCCCUUACAUUGGGGUCAGUGCGAAGAAUGUCCCUUACAUUGGCGGUCAGUGGGAAGAAUGUCCCUUACAUUGGCGGUCAGUGGGAAGAAUGUCCCUUACAUUGGUGAUCAGUGAGAAGGAUGUCCCUUACAUUGGUGGUCAGUGGGAAGAAUGUCCCUUACAUUGGUGGUCAGUGGGAAGAAUGUCCCUUACAUUGGUGGUCAGUGAGAAGAAUGUCCCUUACAUUUGGGGUCAGUGGGAAGAAUGUCCCUUACAUUGGAGGUCAGUGGGAAGAAUGUCCCUUACAUUGGUGAUCAGUGGGAAGAAUGCCCCUUACAUUGGUGGUCUGUGGGAAGAAUGUCCCUUACAUUGGUGAUCAGUGGGAAGAAUGUUCCUUACAUUGGUGGUCAGUGGGAAGAAUGUCCCCUACA